CCGUCAGGUGGCGCAGAGGACCAGAUGCGACGAAUUAAAAAGGAAAAAAAGAAAGAAAGAAAGAAAGAAAGAAAUACCGUAUUUAUUGAUUUGCAUGACAGCCGAGCGACACCGAGGUCUCCUCAUCCUGCAUGUUUAUACAGGGAAAUCCGUGCGCUCUCCCGUCCGGAGCUCUUUAUUAAACACUUUGCAGGAUGAUGAGUGAUGGACUGUAAUUAUGUUCUAUGAUUAAAUCCCCCACACAUCCCCUGGCUUCUCUCCGGUCUUAAACAUGGAGCUGGCGGAGAGGAGACGGAGCCGGAAAUCACAGAGCUUUAAACUGAUCAACGACUCAGAUUUCGGACAUAAUUCUGACAGUAUAGAGCACAUGGACACGGACAGUGAACCUCUGGAUACUUCUGAGAACGAAACUUGGUUUGGCGAGGAAGGCAUCGAGAUUAAGAAGCAGAUUACGGGCAUGAUGCGGCUGCUGAAUGAUAAGGCAGGCCGGGUGUACCAGAGAGUGGGAAGCGAGGGGGAAACUCUUAAAGAAGAGCCACAAGAGGAGGGUGUGAGCUUUACUUCAAAUCCCAAGCAAGGUCCUGAAAAUCCUGAGCAUGCCUGGAAGUCGGUGUCUCACAGUCAGCAUGACACACGACCCAAAACCCAGAAGAUCCUUGACCAGGGCAAAAACAGAGACUCGGCGCUACCCCAUGUGCCUGCCAGCAUGAUGACAGAGUCUAGCUGCUGCAUGUGCAAUUGUAAGAGCACACUGCAGGCCAUCUUACUGGAGUUACGCACAAUGAGAAAACUCAUGCAGACUCAGAGAGGCCCUUUGGAGAAACAGCGUGUUGUGGCCAGCACAUCUCCGACCUACAGGAAAAGAUCUCAUAAGAGGAGGGCAGGUCAGAGAAUAAUAGCGUUAUCCCCACCCACAGAAACUCCCACACCUAUACAAAAUCCCAUGGUGGCCGAAUCAUUUAAGAAGAUUUGCCAUGAAACAAUUGAAAAGAAAGAGGAAGAAAAUAAAGAGAGGGCCGUGUCAUCCCCUCCGCUGACACCCAUAUCUAAUCCGCCACCAUCAGCUCAUUACUGUCUGAACAGAGAUCAGAACUGCACAGAGCUAGAGGUGCAGUUGGCAGAGGAAUAUGAAGUGUUUAUCCCAAAGGCACAGCUGGACUCUAUCCUACUGAACUAUACACGAUCAGGAAGUCUUCUCUUCCGUAAGUUGGUGUGUGCCUUCUUCGAUGACGCAACACUCGCUAACUCGCUUCCCAAUGGCAGGCGAAAGAGGGGUCUGAACGACCAGAGGAAAGGACUGGACCAGAAUAUAGUGGGAGCUAUUAAAGUGUUCACAGAAAAGUACUGCAUGGCAAACAGAAUUGAGAGGCUUCCUGGUCCAAGAGACUGGGUCCAGAUCCUGCAAGAUCAAAUCAAACUGGCUCGACGGCGCUUAAAAAAAGCUGAGACGACUACAGACUGUGAUGAGAUCAGGACUUGUACAUAUGAAACAGGUGCUGAUUGUCAGGUAGCCAUGCAAAAUACUUAAGAUGACUCGUUUGUUUAUCAUGGAGUUCAAGCGGUUCGGACUGCACCGUGUUCCAGUGAUGUUUAAAGUAUAAUAAAAGGCCUCAAUUCGUACAAGGGCUUAACGGCUAUAGGCAGAUGAAAAUAUGCCAUUUAGUUCAUCAAGGACUAGAUGAACUUACUCAUUCAACAACAGAAACCUCCCUUAAUCUCUGAAUUCUCAACAUUCUAUUUCUAUGUUUCAAUACAAAAGCUUCUUGUUCAAUUGUGUCGUUUUAAAUGUGUGUAAAUGUUUAUUAAUUGUUUAGUUGAUGGCAUAAUGUAAAAUGUGUUUUCUUAUUUCCUUUACUUCACUGCAGCACUACACUAAACCAAGCUCUGAUGUUAAGAAAUUUAUGACUGUGUGCCUUUAAUUUGUGCAGCGGUAUGAAGGAAAUCCUCUGCAGUUGGGAUGUACCUUUUUUCCAACAUGAGACUGAUAUCAGAACAAUAAGGAUUGGCAAACAUCUAAGACCGACCCAAACCUGACAUCCUUUCAGUGACUGAUUCUAGUGACAGGAGUUUGUGGUAUGUGAAACAGAGGUGUGAUGGUGGGUUAAUUUAUGUCAAGCUUCAUCCGGUGUUCAUCAUCAGAAAAAAAUUAUGUUGUGGCAAAUAUUUCAAAUCUGAUCUGAUACCAGUUCAGCACUUCAGGCUCGUAAUGGCCCUGAUAUCGGUAGAUAGCUUCAGUACAUCCUUAAUGUCCAACAGUGUUCUACAGAACAUUUGACAUAAUCAAUACCAGUUUUAAGCUUGUGUUUGUAACAUCCUCUUUACGCAGUAAACAGUGUAUCAGUACUGUAACCUCAAGAUCUGUGCCUAAUGAUUUGUGCUAAAAUUUCUCCUGGUGUAAGAGGAUGUGUUUAUGUAAUGUGCACAAUUGUGUGAAUUAU